UCCAACAAGGCCACACCUCCUAAUAUUGCCACUCCCUAGGAGCACGUGGGGGCCAUUUUUAUUCAAACUACCGUGGUAAGCCUUUGCAGAGACCUUGAAAGAAGGAAAACACAGCUGCUAUGCAUCCUAGUCUCUGCCAAAAUGCUUAUGUGAGACCUUGCUACAUUGCCCAAGAAGCCCCCUCUUCCUCCACAUCCAGGUCACCUAUAGAAUCGCACCUUGAAGUUUUAAGAUAACCGAUAGAAUGAUAAGUUAUCAGGUAUGGGGGAUGAAAUAGCAGAAAUCACAUUUAGAAAGCCCUAUUAUGCCGCUCUCGUCAUUUGGUUCCUUUAAGCAGGGCCUCUGCCCAGUGUGUUAGCAUAAAAAAAACAUGGGAAUAAAUAAAUAAUAUAAAUAAAAAAUAGGGAAGCCUUAGAGUCCCAUCCCUCUGUCAGGAUCCCACAGCACUAUAGUCUUGAUCUGUGAUGUAAAUUUCAUCCAAAUCAUAAGCCCCAAAGAAAUACAGGGCUUUGGAAACUUUGAAAUAAAUAAAGAAUUAACCUGAUUUUCAAGGGAUAACUUUUUCACCAUAGAGAAUACUAUGUGCUUUAAAAGAAACCUUUUCUCAGCCCUUCCUCUGUUCUGCUCUGUCACCUUUUUGCACCUUCCCUCUUUGGCUCUCUUCCUCUCUCCCUAGUCUGCAGCUGAACCUGUCCAGUCAUGAAUGUGCUGGCUUUUCCAUCAACGAACACUCUGCUCAUCACUCCCAGUUUGUACCCCAUUUCUCACUUUUAUCACUUACUCUUACACACUACCAAGUAUAUUGACUGCUGAAGGGGCCAAGGUCCCAAAACCUGGACACAUGGGAAAAGUUUAAGGUCCAUGUGUCCAAGAUCAUCUCUGAUAUUUUGCUCCAUUUGCCUGAGGAUUGAUCAUUAAUCCCAUGCCUACAUAAAGAUAGAAGUCAUCUGUAGGAAGGAAACAGAACUGCCCGAAGCCAUGGCUAGCACAUUAAGUCCUGGUACUACAGCACAGACUGAAGAGCCUCCUGCAAUGUCAGAGCGCAUCCAAAAUGCUGCUGACAUCUCUGUUAUUGUCAUCUACUUCAUAGUUGUGCUAGCUGUGGGACUGUGGGCAAUGGUGAGAAGCAACAGAGGCACUGUUGGAGGCUUCUUCCUGGCUGGUCGAGAUGUGUCUUGGUGGCCGAUGGGUGCCUCUCUCUUUGCCAGUAACAUUGGCAGUAACCAUUUUGUGGGCCUGGCUGGAACGGGAGCAGCUUCAGGGAUUGCCAUUGCAGCGGUGGAAUGGAAUGCCCUCCUUAUGGUGCUGGUUCUCGGGUGGGUGUUUGUUCCCAUCUACAUCAAGGCAGGGGUGAUGACCAUGCCAGAAUACCUCAGGAAGCGGUUUGGUGGGAAACGGCUCCAGAUCUACCUCUCAGUCCUCUCCCUCUUCAUGAUGGUGGCCAUCCAAAUCUCUUCGAGCAUAUUUUCCGGAGCCAUAUUCAUUCAACUAGCUUUGGGAUUGAAUCUUUACCUGGCAAUCUUCAUCCUCUUGGCUAUCACUGCUGUUUACACAGUUGCUGGGGGCUUGGCCUCAGUGAUCUACACAGAUACUAUCCAGGCUUUUAUCAUGCUGGUUGGCUCUUUAAUUCUCAUGGGGUUUGCAUUUGCUGAAGUCGGAGGCUAUGAGAGCUUUACAGAGAAAUACAUGAAUGCCAUCCCCUCUGUAGUUGAGGGGGACAACCUGACAAUCAGCCCCGAGUGCUACACUCCUCAGCCGGACUCCUUCCACAUCUUCCGAGAUCCCAUCACUGGAGACAUUCCAUGGCCAGGACUGAUAUUUGGAAUGACCAUUUUAGCUAUCUGGUACUGGUGUGCAGACCAGGUCAUUGUACAGCGCUGCUUGUGUGGCAAGAACAUGUCUCAUGUGAAGGCUGCCUGCAUCCUCUGUGGCUACCUGAAGCUGCUGCCCAUGUUCCUCAUGGUGAUGCCAGGGAUGAUCAGCCGGAUUCUGUACACAGAUAAGGUGGCCUGCGUUGUGCCUUCUGAGUGUGUGAAACAGUGUGGCACCGAAGUUGGCUGCACCAACUACGCCUACCCUACAUUGGUCCUGGAAUUGAUGCCUAAUGGACUUCGAGGCCUGAUGCUGUCAGUCAUGUUGGCCUCUCUCAUGAGUAGCCUGACCUCCAUCUUCAACAGCGCCAGCACCCUCUUCACCAUGGACCUCUACACCAAGAUCCGGAAGAAGGCAUCAGAGAGAGAGCUCUUGAUAGCUGGACGGCUCUUCUCCAUCGUUCUGAUCGUCAUCAGCAUCCUGUGGGUCCCACUGGUACAGUCAUCACAGAAUGGACAGCUGUUCCACUACAUAGCAUCAUUUUCUAGCUACAUCGGGCCUCCCAUUGGUGCUGUCUUCAUGCUUGCCAUCUUCUUUAAAAGAGUCAAUGAGCAGGGAGCAUUCUGGGGGCUAAUGGCUGGACUUGUGAUGGGCCUUACUCGUAUGAUCACAGAGUUUGCAUAUGGAACAGGGAGUUGCUUAGCUCCCAGUAACUGUCCAACGAUUAUCUGUGGCGUGCACUAUAUGUACUUUGCCAUCAUCGUGUUUUUCGUGACCGUAUUAAUAGUCCUGGGAAUCUCCUUCCUAACAAAACCAAUUCCUGAUGUUCAUCUAUACCGCCUGUGCUGGAGUCUUUGGAACAACACAGAAAAGCGGAUUGACUUAGAUGCAGAAGAGGAAAGUCAUGAAGAAGUUGGUAGUGCUCUUGAAGAAGAUGAUUCUGAGCAAUCCCGUGGAUGUCUCAAGAGGGUAUGCAGCUUAUUCUGUGGUUUGCAGAAUACAGGGCCUAAGCUAACCAAAGAGGAGGAAGAAGCCCUAAGGAAAAAAUUUACUGACACUUCUGAAAAGCCCUUUUGGAGAAAUGUGGUGAAUAUCAAUGCCAUCCUCCUCCUGGCUGUGACUGUCUUUGUCCAUGCCUAUUUUGCCUGAACUCUGAACGAAGCAAAGAGUAACUGUUGAACUUCCUUUUAUAAAUGUUUGCUCUGUGACAAACUUAGAUGACCAAUUGGAAAUGUUAAAUAGUAGAUUGCUAUGAAAAUUUCUUGUUUUUAGCAUUUAGCCUUUGUGUCUAUGAGGUAAAAAUUAUUUUCCCCUCUCUAUUUAGAUAUAACUUGAAAUGAAAAUUGUAUAUAUUUAAGGUAUACAUGGUGAUUUGAAAUGUACACACACUUUGAAAUAAUUACCAUGAUCAGACUAAUACAUCUAUCAUUCCAUUUGGUCAUUUGUAUGUUUGUGGUGAUAAUGCUUAAGAGCUGUUCAUUUAGUAAGUUUCAGCUACAUAGACUAUUUUUAUGUAUGGUCACAAUUCCAAGAAUUUUUUUUUAUAUUAAAGUUUAUUUCCUUUGAUCAUAUCUCCUUAUUUCAAAAGUUUACAACUUAUAAAAACUUGGACCAUCAAUAUUUGUGGUGGUUUGAAUGAGACUAGCCCUUACAGGCUCAUAUAUUUAGGUGCAUAGU